CUUGUAAGACUCUUUGUGCAGCCACUUGUAACUGUCAGUCUUCAGGUGUUUGUUAUAGACGAACACACUCAGAUAUUUCGGUCAAGCGAGGAAAGAUAGAUACUCAAGUUCGGAAAUGUUCACGUUAUGCAUACUUGUGACCGUCUUCAUACCGAGCGUUUGUGGUAACAGCUGGUGUUCCUGGGGCACAUAUGGAGACGCAUGUGACAAAAUCUGCAGUGCGCACUGUCGUCCUCGUCCUCACACAAACACUGUUCACUGUCACAUAGAAACUGGUCUGUGUUCAGAAGGAUGUAUUGCAGGCUGGUAUGGUGAUGAAUGCAACAAAGGGUGCAGCAAGAAUUGUAUGAACAACAUUUGUAGUCACGAAGAUGGAACGUGUACAGUUGGGUGUAAAGAUGGCAAAAAGGGAAAUUUUUGUGAAGAGGAAAACAACGAAAGGAAAUCAAAGGAGGGUACAGAAAACGCUUGGAUCGCUUUCACAUUUGCCGCUGUGGUGGGGAUGGCGAUGAUGGUGGCGAUUGUAAUCAUUCUAGUGAUUGUAUGCGUCCGUCUUUGCCAUAAUAGGCGAGGACCAAGUACCGUGAAAGACGGUGAUCAUGAAACCUCAUCCUUCAUAUCGAAUGUGACACAGAAAGUAUAGAGAUCGUGCAAGUAAUAGUCAAAGUGUGACAGCCUCCAUUGUUGCAAAACAUCAAAUGGAACUGUAUUGUCACGGCGACCGAUGUGGAACAUCCAUGGUAUGGAUGAACAGUUUUAUCUGAAGGCCAAUUACACUGUAGCCAUGGCAUGUAUAUAUCUAGAAUCACUUAAUCAUAAUUGUUAAUUCCCAUUGACUUUCAGGCAUCCUGAACGAGCUGUGCACCUAUGUCACUUCCCAUUAUUACUGUUGUUUACAUUUAUGGCUUAAUCCGUGUCGGGGCGGUCGGGUAGCCUAGUGGUUAAAGCGUUCGCUCGUCACGCCGAAGACCCGGGUUCGAUUCCCGACAUGGGUAUAAUGUGUGAAUCCCAUUUCUGGUGUCCCCCGCCGUGAUAUUGCUGAAAUAUUGCUAAAAGCGGCGUAAAACCAAACUCACUCACUCACUUAAUCCGUGUCAACUGACCUUGAACAUGGAGACACUGAAUUGAUAGCAGUACUUGGGGCGAGGCAUAAAGACUGACACCACCAAACCCCCACCUUCCACACACACUGUUUUCAAAACGAAUAUAUUUCUUAAACGUUUUUCUUUACUAAGGUGCUGUAGAAUCGCUGCACGUUUACACAACAGGCUUAAUUCAAAACCAAUUAAUCGUUUCAACAAAAUCAGUAAAUGCACCAUUGUCUCACUAGAUUUGUUCGUUCAUCGACCCCUUGUUUGAUCACAGGCCGCCAUCACAUUGCAGGAGUAUUGCUGUACAGCGUCAGACAAUAAAUACUUACUUAUUUGUGUGAUUUGCGGGUUCUUCCGGUAGGGCAGGACAUCCUUACCCUUUUCGCUAACACCUGGUAUCAUUACCGGUUUUAGAUUGCCCAGCCAUAUCAUUUUCACAACUAUUUUGCCUUUUACGCAAAAUGGUAUCUGUUUCAGUGGAUAAUCAAGACUGGUUAAUAUCUUGCAUUGGCAUUUUAUAUUAACCGGUUCGAGAGUCGAGGUGAAAAUAAAUUAUUAUGACUGACCGGAUAUUAAAAAAAGUCAAACUUGAAAAUAUUUUCUCCACGCGGCCUUAAAAUAGAAUGUACUGAAUGUAAAGGUCACGCGUGUGUCGUACAGGGAUGAAAUCUUCUGUUUGUUUUGAUUGGUUAUCCUUUACCCUUUUAAUUGUUACAUGCUAAAACUAUGUUUUCAUUUAUAUAGGAUAUGUAACACUAUGUCAUGUGGGCCGCUGGCCUCCAUGUCUUUGUGAACACAUGAUAUCAGAUCUGGGGCUCUUUCAUGUGACAUUCUGCACAAAUAGGUCAUGCAGAUAACCUUUAUCAUGAGGAAGAUUCUUUUUUUUCAAAUCAUUCAAAAUCUAACGUGCCACAAUUUAGACAUCAGGUGAGGUGAAAUGAAGCUUAAUGCCGCGUUAACGUCGCGUGCAAGAUUAUUGCGACACUCGUGUACAUGUCCGUCUGUCUGUCUGUCUGCUUGUACUAGUCCCCACUGAUGUCGGUUUUCUAGUGCCACUGAGAUACCAAGACGCAGUUUCACAUAACUACUAGGUCGGCGUCGUAGCCCAGUGGUUAAAGCGUUCGCUCGUCACGCCGAAGACCCAGGGUCUGAUUCCCCUCGGGGCUACAAUGUUUGAAACCUUUUUCUGGAGUCCCCACUGUGCUAUUGUUAGAAUAUUGCUAAAAGUGGAGUAAAAUCAUACUCACUCACUCAUUUACUUAACAUAGCAAUCCAGCUCAGGCACGGUAUACUGACUUCGAGCCGACCAGACCACAGUUUAUCUCUUUAAUGGCGAGCGCCAGCCACGAUCUCUUCAAGUAUUAUACUUUAACGUCUUUAAGUAUGAAUCUACUAGAUCACGUAGGCGGUCGCCUGCAAAACAAAGAAUAUUUACAUUAAAAUAGCGUGCGAAAAACCGUUAGUUUCCCAAGAACUAUCCACGCACCAUCCUGGAGUAUGUCGCCUCGCAUGGAGUACCGGGUAACCGGCGACAAUUACAUGUCAAAUGCAAACAACAGAACUUAAAAUUAUGGGAAGGCUUCAACAAGUUAUCGACAUCAUAAUCUCGUGUUGGUGGACGAGGCUUGAAAAAAGACACCAAAUGUCGUCGUAGCUCCGCGGGCGCGGCCGUUUAGAUGAAAGUACAGUGCAUUGUGCUUCAUGAAUUACCCUCCCUGCGCCCAUUCCCUAUGCAACUCUCCUGCGUAUAAGUACUAACUCACUUCCUCAAAGAAGCGAACUUUAUCGAAUUUCACGACGCGAUAUUUCAUAUUUUUUUCAAUAUGUUGUUACAUGCGUAUUUAUUUCGUGCCUUUGCUUUCACCUGUCGACAAAUUUGGAGUACGCAUCAUUAUAUCAUCUAAGCUUUGACAUAUAAUGCUUGUACGUUUCACUGACAUUCCAACUUGAUCCAUGUCUUCGCGAGGUAUCUAGCUGUAAUAUGUACUUUUGUAUCAUUUUAUGUUUACAAUCCGACACCACAUAUAUGACACAAUUGUUUCCUACUGUUGAGCGCCAUGGCAAUACCUGCAUAACGGGAAUCUGGCUUAUUUGUUAACUGUUCUAAUGUUUUAUAUUAUUUCAUUUCAUUUGUGUAUUUAUAAAUAAAGCCGACAUGUACACGUUUGGACUGCGUGUUUUGUUAGCUUCGUUUUUAUUGUUUUUAUUAGGUAUCUAAGUUCGUGUUAACAUUAAUCUAUCUCCUAACUGGUCCGUCUUGCACAAAUGUCCUCUGUUGCAAAACUCAUACAGGGUUUGUGUAGACUCCGCAUGCUGGACAAGACUUCAUAUGUUUGCCAACUGUACAUGUAUAUGUACAUUGUGUAAAGUGUGAUUUGUAAGUGUGUCAAACACAGUGAAACUAUUGUUCUCUCAGUAUAUUUUACAAUUGUACAUUUGUUAUCACAAUUAAAUGUCAUUUUGUGUUACAUAAUUAUUAAGAAGGACAUGGUUAUAACUUUGAAUUUUACCUAUUGUGUCAUUUGGAAUAUUGGUCCAUGUGAUUAACACGAGGUAAUACUAUUAUUAUUUUUUGCAGCUAUAAAGCUACAUUUGAAGAAUUAUGUUGUUCUCACUAAUAAAAACAUCAUCCUACA